AUGGAUGUCUCCGAUGGAUGUCGGUUAUUAGGAAGGGCAUGUUCUGCAGACCCAGCUGUCUCCUCCUCCUCCUCUUCUCCUGGCCAUCUUCUCAUUGGCUUUCUCUCUUCCCCCACAGGAGCCAAAGGCUAUCAAUGUCCUCUAGAUUGGCUCCCCGGGAACGAGCUUUGCUAUAAGGUCUUCGUUGAACAGAAGACUUGGACUGAUGCAGAGGUUAGAAGGGCUUUUAUCUUGGCCCGGGGGAGGAGAGGUCUAGGUGGAGCCUUGAAGACCCUCAAAGUCACCUCUGGCUGGGCUGAAAGGGUUCCCCGUUCUCCGUUGCCUAACGUGGCUUCCCUGUCAUUCCAGAGACGCAUCUGGGGGUGGUCAGACAGAUCCUCCAUUGACUACUUCUCCUGGGAUUCAGGAGAGCCCAACAAAAAAAAGGAUGAGUUCUGUGUCUACCUGUGGGCCCCAGCAGGUGUGGCAAGAUGGUGGGGAUCCAAUGGGACACAAAAAGACCCUCGAUUCCUCAAAUGGAACGACGUGCUCUGCGAUGCCAAGUAUUCUUUCAUCUGCCAGUGCAAAAACUAGUGCAAAUCGCUCCUUUUCUUGCUCCAGAGUGAGCGAAGCACCUGAAGAACUCUGGAGAAGCAGAGCUCUGCCAAAAAUCUCCGCUCUACACCCCUUCGCUUCUUUUUGCUCUCUGGAGCUUCUGAUUUUACUCCUCCUGAUGGGCCAGGAGGUCCAAUAAAUUCUGCCUUAGCAUGACUGGCCUUGUUUAUUUUGGAGACUCAGGAGACGGUGGAGGUCCCAAACCCAAGACCCCCGGAGUCUUCUGCAUGAUGAACCUUGGCAUGAAAGGGGUUUCUCUGGAAGGCCAAUUCCAUUGAGGCUACGAUGUUUUCUGGCAUGUCCCCCUCGUUUUAAUUGGAGGUCUGGGUACCUGAUGGGCCUCAGCACCACUUUCCUGCCAUGUGUCAGUGGGGGGAGGGAAUCUCAGAGUUUCCCACUCUGUGAGCAAAUCUAGACUGCAGACAAUGGAAUCAGAAAACAACAACGCCUGGUAGCCAAACCAAAAGUGGCCAGUAACACUAACAUUGCACAAUAAGCUUACUGGCAGAAAUAUUCCUGUAGAUUUGGGUUGAGGAAAACAUCUGUUGUGCCUGAAAAUACUCCAGCUUGCAAGAUAGUACAUUCAGCCACAAAUUGCCCAACCCAGUAACAUAGGGAAUAAAAAGUCAAAGUAAAACUGGCUUCAUCUCACUUGCCUUGUGGAAAGCAGUUGAGUUUCCUGCAAGAUCUCCAAAUUUUCUGCUCUGUACGAACUUCUACUGCGAAAGAGGCAUCUUAGAACUCAUUCUGCUGUUGCUAAAAAGCUGCUUCUACAGGAAACAACUCCUUGUUAGCAACGUCAUAAUUUCUUUCUGGGAAUGUUAAUGCUUUCGAGCAAAGCAGAGGGGAGUAACUGCGUCCUUCUUCUUGUAAGACUCAUUGACUUUCACCCUAUUUCUCUUCCUGAGAUCAAUCAGUGUCAACCAUCUGGACCCCUCCAGGUCAUUUUCUUCAGGAUUUCCUGUUUGUCACCUAUCCUAACAUCCAAAUUUAACCCUGGUGAGCUCUUCCAGUUUAACUGAGAUUGAAGAUAGAUAGAUAGAUAGAUAGAUAGAUAGAUAGAUAGAUAGA